GUAAGCGCGAACGGUGAAUGUGUGUCAACGAAACAGUUCUGAAUGCUGUGGGUUUUGUAAGAGUAGGUAACCUAUUUUAUUUUCGCGACCAACGAGAAGAGAAGAAAUGGCGAAGAAGAGUGUGUUUUUAACUUAUCUAUUAUGGUUAGUUGGUGGUGUCUUUGGUUUGCAUCACUUGUACUUAGGAAGAGAUUUGCAGGCUUUUCUGUGGUGUUGUACCCUCGGUGGAUAUGUUGGAUGUGGUUGGCUGCGAGAUAUAUUUUUUAUCCCGGAAUAUGUGGCAGAUGCAAAUGAAGAUGAGAAGUUUAUGGAAAAGUACGUCGAAAAAAUCCGGAAACAUAAUACACCUCCAUUCUCACUGACGAGGUACACAGGAAUGAUAAUUGUGGCCUACGUAUUUACCUCUGUUUUGAUGUUAGCCAUACCAGAAGAAGAAGUUGGUGGUAUUGACUGGAACUGGUUGGUUGUCUUCGUGCCUCUUGCAUGUGCCUUAGGUGUUUGGGCUGUGGGUAAUAUUGGGCGACAGAAAGGAACAAUAUGGUGGGCACUAGCCGCAGCCUUUGCAGUAUAUCCUUUCCGAACAUACUUUCCAGAUGAUUCCACAUGGCUUACUACAAUGACUUUUUUAUCAGCAUCAGCAUUUGAUAAUAAAUCCAAACAAUGGAGGAGGACACACAAGAGGAGGUCUCUUUGCAGGCGGCUGACUGUGUUCACAUUGUGUUUAUCACUGUAUAUGUCAUUGUGGUGUAGCUACAUAUACUUCAAUGCUAAACUCACAGACAGUAAUGGUGAAGAAGUUAGAGUGCAUGAAGCUUUGCAUCAUCUUUUUACAUCUCCACUGUGGACCGACCUAAAACAGUCAUUAAAAGACACGUACAACUUCGCUCAGCAUCAUGGAUGGUAUGAGACAUGGAAAUUGGUUGUUGACUUGUCAGACCCUCAUGGGGAGCAAAAUGCCUACAAGGUUUUGGAAGUAUCAAGCAGUGCGACACAGGCUGAGAUAACAUCCAGUUGGAGAGCUUUGUCAAGAAAAUACCACCCAGAUAAAGUGAAAGAUCCAGACAAACAGCGAGAGGCACAGGAAAAAUUCAUGGAAAUUCAGCAGGCAUAUGAAAUUGUCUCCAGCAUUAGGGCAAAGAGAAGUAGCAGAAACAAAAGAUACAAUCCUUAAUGUUGGAGAACAUGGAUCCCUGUGAGGACUUUCAUUUUUGUGUGUGUGUGUGUGUGUGUGUGUGUGUGUGUGUGUGUGUGUGGUGUAGAGUUUUUCGUGGUUUAUUUAUUUUAUAGUGUUUACUAAUGUUUUUACCAAAGCAGUAUAUCUGAGUUCUGUGAGGGGAAAUCAAUCUUAAAAAUAGAUUUAAGUGUCCUUUUGACCCGGUAUUGUUAAUGAUAAGUGUAACUAUGAGUUCGCCUAGCAUUUCGUGAGAAGAGUUCAGGCUGUAAGGAAUAUUUCCAUGUUUUGUGAUCUGUUGAGACAGUGAGUGUCAUGUGAUUAUAAACAUGUGACACACAAAGGAAGUAAUUCAGACAAUGUUUCUUAUUUUUAUAUCUGAAAGGUUCUUGAAACCUUUUUUGUAUUGGGCUAUUGUUGAUGUAAAUAAUGGAACAAAGAUAUUUUAUUGAGGUAAUAAGCAUGUGGAUCAUAAAGCUGCUUGCAUUCCUGGUGUAAUCUAUGGCUUUGACUAUAUUGCACACAUAGAAGUUACACUGUUAUUGUUGGUUGAACUCUGUAGAUUGUAUAGUUUUCUUCCUUUUCCAGUGUCUCAGUUAUUCAGGUGAUUAUCUACAGAGAUUAAUUGAAAAUUUCAUUUUAUCUGCAAUUCUGCUGACAGCAGCAAAUGGGUGAACCUCAUACUUUCAGGAUAUAAGGUGCCUUUUCAAAACAUCAAGAAAUAAAGUGAGAUUGACAGCUUUCUAUGAAGCCAUGUCCAAGUUCAUCUGCAUAAUAAUAUAACGGAUGUGGGAGGUCAUCGCAACGUAAUAUGAUAUGUGAACAAAAGGAGAUGAAUACCUGUUGAAAUUGUGAAGUUCUUACUUUAGUGGUUGGUGCAGCUAUUUCCACUUUCUUUAUUUUUCAAAUAAUAAUUACUGUUUAAUGAUUGUGAGCUUUGCCUAAAUUAGUUGUAGUAAGGUAUGUUAUUUAGUAUCACAUUUGUAUGUGCCACUAAAAUUUAGUGAAACACAGGUGUGCCUAAGUAGCUCCAUUCUGUUGACUUCUACACUCCGACAAAAGAAAUAGUCCUGUGAUGGGGAAAAGCCACUUACGACACUCUUAUACAGGAAAUUGUGCAUAUAGUUUACAUAUCAUAAAUGUGCCUACUUUCCACAACUGUCGAAUAAUGUAACUCUUUUUACAGAACUUGAUGUAUGACUAAUGGAUAUGGAAAUCAAACUAUUAGUUCCUUAUCCAAAGAGUUUCCUAGGUGUUAGAAAGAAACACAUUAGAAAUGGAAUAAUACUGAAUCUAGAACCUUUCUAUAGCAAGUUCAUUAAGUGGUUUGUCUAAUGGAUUUACAGUUGCCAGCCUAUCCUGGCAAAGAAAUGGUUAAGUUUUGGAAAAGCAGAAGAAGUAAAUUUGGCCUACUUUUUUGCUGUUCCCUAACUUAACUUAACAAAUAAAUAUAACUUUUCAGGAUAUGGUAUUGAGAAAGACACAGGAAUCUUUUAGCUACUACACCCACAUACAUAUAUAGUUUUCAUCUAGAAAGGCCACAAAUUUUCAAUUGUCACUACAUGUUAAAAAAGAACUGGCCAGUGGAUACUUCUGUGUUUGCGUUUUGUGUAACAAAAAAUUAAAUACCUAACUAUUCUAAUAGCACAAUAUACACAUUUAAAUUUGAUAAGACACGUGGUUCAUAUCUUUUUCCUAGCAAAUUAUCUGUCAAUAGAAAAAGGUAGGGUGUGAUCACUCUAUAUGGUCAUUCAGUAUUUUCAUGCAAUGGUACUUCAGUGUUACUGAGCCACAUAAGCAGUUUUCUUUUUAUAACUCUUUGUACCUUACUAAUAUCAGUUAUAACUGAAAGAAAUUUAUCAUUACUUCACUGAAAGCUUAAUCUUGCAAAACCUCAGUAUUUAUGCUUGACAAGUUCAUCUUUUUAGCAAAACUUAUUUAAUCACUUUCACUUUACUUACUACCACAAAGAGAGUAAAAAUAUUAAAAUCGUUAAAUUUGUGUGAAAACAUUUACUUAAGUGCUUCAGCAAAAUUUCACCUCAGUGCAUUUCUACUACUUAAAUCGUACAGUACUGUUAUGUGUGCCGUAACAAUUAGUUCACAACAAUUAGUUACAGUCAUUUAUUCAGAUAUGAAAAUUAGUGCUUGUAGAUACUGAAUGAAGUACUUCAAAUGUUUUUAUAACAGAUUUACUCGGAAUAAUCAAACACCAGCAAAGGACCCUAUAUAGGUCAAUAAUUAAGAAUAAAACAACAGGAUGAACAAAAUUUUAUGAUCAACACAAUAAUUAUUAAAAAAAAAUAAUUUUGAGUUAAUGGUUCACGCUUAUAUUAUUCUAAUUAUACAGUUCUUAACCUGUUGGGCAUGGCAGAUAGUAAUGGUGGCUAUACUAUCCAUGGUAUGGCAUACACGUUUCUUGAAGUUCUUCUUGGCAUCUUUUAGCCUAACAACCUACAUCAAAGCUUUAAUAAUCCAGCAGUUCUGAUCAGAGACAGUUGUGCAACAAUUUCCAGGCAAGGCAUUGCCUGCUUAGUCCUCUUUCACUUCAGCCUACAGACUGUGCCCUCUCAUUCCUGCUUUUUGUAUAGGUAGUGCUUCAAAAGCCCAAGCCACCUUUUACACUUCUCACAGUGACUACCGGGCAGUUCAAGAGCUCAACAUCUUGUACGUACCGCAUAUCCUACACAUUGUCCCUAAGCGUGUACCAUUUUAUACAAAUGACAACUUGCACAAAUACAUGAAAUUACAUACACAAACAUUUUCAGUUCAUUAAUUCAUGACAAAAUAUUAUUUAGUAACUGACAAAAUAUUAUUUAGUAACUUACACAUUUCAUGUAUUUCUUUACAUAAGUUACAAACACACAUGAGCAAAGCACUCUAACAUCACAUAUAUCACAUCUCCCAUAUAGUCUUUGCAUAUCACAAUUAUAUUAUGCCAAACUCUAAAAACAAAUUUUUUUUAUAAAUUAGGUGACUGAUAGCACAAUAAUGUUACAAACUGUUUGUAAAUUAUUGUAUUACUCCGUCCUUCUCGUCAUGUUUGAACAUGGUAUAUCUAAGUUUUCAUGUGCAAUACAAAGAUAUCUCUUGCUCAGUAGUGAAUGCAAGCGUAAAAUACUGUCUAAAACAAGUUCCUGAUCCAUAGGAUUAGUGUUAGAACUUUGUUAAAAAUAUCAAGUGUUACAUGUUUGCUUUUUAAAUGAAAGUACCAGUUCAUUCUGAGUACAGUAAUUAAACAUUCGUACAUUCGCUAAUGAUAUUCUAAAUUAGUCUCUAGCAUUUGUUUUGGAAGUUGCACAGCACUUCAAUAUGUUCAU